AUGGGGACCUGGAUUUUGUUUGCCUGCCUCCUGGGAGCAGCCUUCUCUAUGCCCCUACCACCUCAUCCUGGGCACCCUGGUUAUAUCAACUUCAGCUAUGAGGUGCUUACCCCUCUGAAGUGGUACCAGAACGUAAUAAGACACCCGUACCCGUCCUACGGUUACGAACCCAUGGGUGGCUGGCUGCGUCACCAAAUCAUUCCCGUGGUAUCCCAGCAGGCUGCCCUGCAGCCUCAUCACCACUUCCCCAUGGUGCCAGCCCAGCAGCCCGUGGGCCCCCAGCAAACCAUGAUGCCAAUUCCUGGCCAGCACUCCAUGACUCCAAGCCAACCCCACCAGCCACACCUCCCUGUGCCCGCCCAGCAGCCCGUCCAGCCACAGCCUCACCCGCCCCUGCUGCCCCAGCCGCCUCUGCCUCCGAUGUUCCCCAUGCAGCCCCUGCCCCCCAUGCUUCCUGACCUGCCUCUGGAGGCUUGGCCCGCAACAGACAAGACCAAGCGGGAGGAAGCGGUGAGUACACCCUGAAGUCGCUGCAACACCUACGAAAACGGUAAAGCGAGACUAGCCCCCAGAGUUCUCAAUUCCCACACAAUCCAAGGCCUGGAGUUUCAGUAGCAACAGUCUGAU